CAUAUUUUUCCAGGAUGUUUGUUGCGCCGCGAUGAAAAUCAAGGCGCUCUCUCGCUCGACGAGCUCACACCAAGCUCCCGGCAGCGAUGUUGCUCGCCAACCUCGAAAUCUCGAUCCUGCCCUCCAUCCUUUCGAACGGGCAAGAGAGUAUACCCGCGCCCUCAAUGCUACGAAGCUGGAGCGAAUGUUCGCUGCCCCCUUUGUCGCACAAUUAGGAAGAGGACAUGUGGAUGGUGUCUACAAUCUCGCCAAAGAUCCAGAGUCACUAGAUCGAUUUGCGAGCGGGAGCGGCGAUGGAGUGCUCAAGGUCUGGGACGUGCCGAGUCGCGACGAGAUUUGGCACACACAGGCGCAUGAUAAUCUGGUCAGGGGGAUGUGCUGGACGAAAGAUCGCAAGUUAUUGUCGUGCGGAAGCGACAAGACUGUCAAACUAUACGAUCCAUACAACACAGCCUCCAACAGCGCACCUCUUGCAACCUGGCUGGGACAGAACGCAUACACCAGCAUCACUCGACAUCGCACCGAACCAGCAUUCGCUGUCUCAUCUUCGGUUGUCUCCAUCUACGACAUCAACCGUCCAGCAUCCGCACCGACCCAAACACUAUCCUGGCCAACGAGCAUUGACACCAUCAACGCCAUCUCCUUCAACCAGACCGAAACCAGCAUCCUCGCCUCAACCGCCACCGACCGCUCCCUCGUUCUCUACGACCUUCGCACUUCAUCGCCUCUCCAUCGAUCCAUCCUUACUCUCGCCUCCAACUCCAUCAGCUGGAAUCCCAUGGAAGCUUUCAAUCUCGCUAUCGCCAACGAAGACCACAACAUCUACAUGUUCGACAUGCGCAACCUCAGUCGUGCGCUCAACAUCCUCAAAGACCACGUAAGCGCGGUCAUGGAUGUCGAAUUCAGCCCGACGGGCGAAGAGCUUGUCUCCGCCUCCUACGACCGCAGCAUCCGCCUUUGGAAGCGUAAUGAAGGACACAGCCGCGACGUCUACCACACCAAUAGAAUGCAGCGUGUCUUCUCCUGCUGCUGGACGCCCGACAAUCAAUACGUCCUCUCCGGUUCCGAUGAUGGCAACGUACGGCUAUGGCGCGCGAACGCCGCCUCAAGAUCUCACAUCAAAACCGCACGAGAAAGACAGAAACUGCAAUACGACGAUGCGCUGAAACAGCGAUAUCAGCACAUGCCGGAGAUUCGCCGAAUCGCAAGACACAGGCAUGUGCCGAAGCAGGUCAAGAAGGCAGGAGAGAUCAAGCAGGUGGAGCUGAAGAGCAUCAAGAGGAAGGAGGAGAAUGAGCGGAAGCAUAGCAAGAAGAAGGAGACGAAGAGGAGGAGUGAGAGGGAGAAGAUGGUGCUUGCUACGGAGCAGUAG